ACUUCAACAUGUUACUUCAACUUCUUGGAGCAAUUCGUAGACCGUUGCUCAGUUUACCAUCGUUCACCGCGGUGAAUUCAAUCAUCCCGGCGUCACGCUCUAUCCUAAUAAAUCGCGCGUCACUUCUCCCACAAACACUCUCGCUACCUUCCCUAUGUGAUGCGCUGGGCCAAAAGCGUUUUGCCUCCCGUGGUACCGAGUACCAACCUUCACAACGAAAACGCAAAAGAAAGCACGGAUUUCUUGCUCGGAAAAAGACUGCAACUGGUAGAAAGACUCUAGCCAGAAGACUACUGAAGGGACGCAGAUUCUUGAGUCACUGAGAAAUGGGCAUGUCUUUCGCUUCUAGUCUGACACACUGAUUGACUAUUUGACCAAGUUAGCGCACCAGGGAACUUGCAGGAUUUGUAGUGGUCUCCUGUAGGCAGACUCAAUAGAAAGGGACACGGUCGUUCCUUUCCUUCUGUAUUACGGAUAAUGCUUCCAAAGUUCCACACCGUGCUUUUAGUAUAUGGAUAUAUCAUUGAUCCAAAGUCAAUUAACUACGAAAGUUCAUAUGAUC